UCGGACUUCCUCCAUUCUGUCUGGAUCGGACUGUCACCGCAGGUUCCCAUGGAGCUCCUGGACCCCGGGCUGCUGCUAACAGGACUUUCUUUCACUUGUUUUCGGCUUUUAAACCGGGAGCUCCCACGACUCAUCCCCGCCCCGAGCUCCGCGCUCCGGAACCCCUGGAAAUGGAGAAACAUCUGGACAUCGUUCGUGCACAGCUUGCUGACCGGGAGCUGGGCGCUGCUUGGAUUUUACCUGCACCCAGAGAUGGCUGAGGACCUGAUUUCCACUCACUCACCGUUUUCACAUUGUCUCAUCGCUGUCUCUAUAGGAUAUUUUAUCCAUGAUUUUGUGGACAUGCUGCAAAACCAGAAGCUUCAUCAGUCCUGGGAACUGCUUUUCCAUCACACUGUGGUUAUCACAUGCUUUUCGAUUUCCAUGCUCCUCCACCGCUAUAUUGGAUUUGCAGUGGUGGCCUUGUUGGUUGAAAUAAAUUCAAUCUUCCUGCACCUACGCCAGAUUCUGCUUAUGGCUAAUCUACUGAAAACCACGGUGUACCGACUAAACAGCCUGCUAAACCUUGGUACCUAUGUCAUCUUCAGGAUCAGUACACUGGCCUGGAUGACCAGGUGGUUAGUGUUGAACCGAGACAACAUUCCUCUUCUUAUUUAUACCAUUGGAAGUGUUGGCAUGGCAAUCAUGACUGCGAUGAAUAUUGUGCUGUUUUAUCGCCUUUUGCGUAGCGAUUUCCUCAAGUCUGCCCGAGAUCCACCAAAAGAGAGAGACAAGUAAAGGAAUCCACUCACUUUCUCCCUACCAACAAAACAAGAAGAACUUUGUACAGAAGGCUUUGGGAAGUCUUUUGUGCCAAACUAUCUUGAAAGUUCACUGGUAUCCUGUUGGCUGUAAUUACCUGGGAUGCUAACAGAAGGACCCGAAUGUUGAUGCACUCCCUUAUCAGAGUUUGUAAUUGUAACAUUAUAAUUUCACUCAUUUGCACUGCUGCUCAACCUGCACUUGAGAAGACCAAUCUUUUUAAUUAAUUGGAAUUAUUCACGGAUCAAAUGUUGCAACCUUAAUGCAAAAGAGACUCUACUUCCAGGAAAACGACAGUUUGAUGUGGACUGGACUACCCUUGCCUUCAUAGAUCAUCAUCAUUAACUCUUUAUAAUUGUCAUCCAAAAUAUUCAUCUAGAGUUAAUGGGAGUACUUAACCUUCAAUAUUCAUUGCAUCUAAACACAUUUAUUUAUAGAAAAAUCAAUAACGGAGUCCCCAGUCGGCUAGAACCGCUUCAUCUGACAUUCAGUGUUCUGGGAUCUUAAACAAUUAAUAUUCUAAAAAAUGAUUACCAACUUAAGCUACCUGAUGGCCCAUUGCUUGUACAUGCUUCAGAAGAGACUGGUGCAACUGUAAUCAAUAAUUUUUCAUUGAAAUCCCUUUUUCCUCAAAAAGGUUGUCCAGGUGGUCUGCACAAUUACUUGUGGCUACCAAAGCAUGUUGGUAACACCAACUCAGAUUUGUUAGGUUUUUUUUUCUUCUUUUUCUCUUAAGUUAUGUUCAUAUCCUUUAAUAGUAGUGUAAGACCUACAAAAUGUUGCUAAAUGUUACUAGGUGUGCCUUUGGAUAUUCUAUUACGAUUUCCAACAUGUUCAGCUAUUAUCUGCCGGGAAUUGUGAAGGAAGAGCCAAAGAACCCCAUACAAACAAGUAUCUUUAAGUCAUUCUUGGGCAUUUAUCCCGUUAAGAUCCUAUACCUACAUUGAUAUGAAAUGUCCUAUUUCUCAUCAGAAGAGCUGCUUAUGGUUAGUAUAUAUUUUUGCAUCAAUUCUUUACAGCUUGAUACAGCUAUUGCUGUAGGUUUUCUAUAAACCUUUUGGAGUGUGUGUUUUAAUCAAACAACAAUUCACAGACCAGUUGUGAAAAAUGGUUAUUUAAAACAAUGAACAAAGUCAUAGAACUAAAUUCUAGUCAAAAAAACCUAAACAAUGCAAGAUUUGUGGUCAAAACAAGAGUUUUACCUCUCUAAAACUCAGUGCUGCGAAAAACCUCAGAUCAAGUAAGCCCAGACAUUGUUGGCACAGCCUUAACCCGAGGGCAUCACAGUAGUAUGGUGUAUAACCAUAUUUGACCAUUUAUUAUUGUGUGCAUUGCUUGAGUCUUGUAUUAACAUACAACUUUAUUCAUUUGUAAUCUAAACACUUUUCACAAUGUGAUUUUGAAUAAUCCUGAAUUGUAAUAUAUAUAUUUAUAUGUUGUGCGGCAGAUCAUUACAAGAUGGAGCCUUUAGUAGUGGAUUGUGAUAAUAUAAUUGGUCCUUCAGUGGUUAAGUGCAAAAUUACAGGUACACUCCCUUAGGUUUAUAUGAAGCAAGGUUAAUUGAUUUCCUCUCAUUUGCAUUUGGCAGAUCAGUGGCCCUUGAAGAAAGUAAGUUUUCUAAAAUGAAUGGUCUGCAUGACUUAAAGGGACAUUAUAGUCACCAAAACAACUUUAGUUUAAGGAAGCAAUUUUGGUGUAUAGAUCAUGCCCUUGCAGUCUCACUGCUCAAUUCUCUGCCAUUUAGGAGUUAAAUCAAUUUGUUUAUACAGCCCUAGUCACACCACCCAAUGUGUGACUUAAACAGCCUUCGUAGACACUUCCUGUAAAGAGUCAUAUAAUGUUUUCACUUCCUUUAUUGCAAAUUCUGUUUCAUUUAUAAUGUCUUAUCUCCUGCUCUGUUAAUAACUUGCUAGACCCUG